AUGACCACGAAAGCUCACAAGAAGAAGACCAGUUCUUUCACCAAGUUUUCCGAAACUUUCAAUGCCUCUUUGGAAUCUUAUAGAAAACAAGUGAGUGGCAACAGCAGGCUGCAGCUAAUAGACUUGUUUUGUGUCUUUUUAGUAGUGGUUGGCGUGGCCCAAUUUACAUUCAUGUGCGUGCUUAGAGACACUUUCCCCUUCAACGCAUUCCUUGCUGGGUUCAUAUCAUGUGUGGGCCAAUUCGUGCUCCUUGUCAGUUUACGUAUGCAAAUCGUUAACAGCUUCCCAGGAAUUUCCAAAGAGAGAGCAUUCGGUGAAUUCAUCUUUGCAAGCCUGAUCAUGCACUUUAUUUGCUUACAUUUCGUCAAUUGA